CUAAUUGGUCGGUUGUGAGACCUCAUCUCAUCUUGCGAGUGUUCGAAAGAGAUGAUCUCGUUGAAUGUCAAGCGAUUAUUUAUACGGACUUCAAAGAUUCGCAUGCGUCGACUAGUGAAAUGGCCUCAGGAAACGAACAACCUGCAUCCCAGACGAGUGAUCCGUGCGAAUUAGCUUGCUUGCGUAAUUAG